AUAGUGCCAAAGUGAGUUGCUCACCUCCAGCGUGUAGGUGAAAAAACUCAAUCGCAAUUUCUUUAAUUAAAUAAAUUAAUACAUGUACAAAUAAAAGAGCGCAGUGACUAAUCGGCCAAUAAAAGGCUAGAGAUGUCAAUGACGUACAAGUAAAACGCGAUGAAAUAGUGAACGCAUCAACAGCAGCGUCCAGCAACAACGACAACAACAGCAACACAACUUCAACAAAAUGCAUUUCUCAAUACCAGACACACAGGAACAGUAUGCGGAUGGAAGCGGUGGUUCGCCCACAUACACGGUAUACAAUAUCUACAUUAAUGGUAACUAUCAUUGCUGCUUGCGCUACAAGCAGCUACACGCGUUGCACGAACAGCUGCGUAGGCGUUGCACGGACGCCGCCUUGCCGCCAUUCCCACCCAAGCGACUGCUGCCAUUGAGCAACAGUCAACUGGAGACUCGACGUGCCGCACUGGAGCAUUACUUGCAGAUAAUUGGCCAAGAUGCGCGAAUCGUACGCCUCCCAUACUUGCAACAGUUUCUGCAGCGCGCUCAAUUGGACACGGCGCUGGCCGAGUGCUCGGUUAGUCGCGAGGAUGAGCAGCAGCAGCUUCAAGUGGAGGUGUAUAGUGGCUGGGCAGCAGGACCAGGAGGAGGAAGUGGUGUACAAUUGCUGGUCAAUUGUCAUGUGCAGCAGAAUGCAACCGCUCUGCUGCAGUCCGUCUGUCGCAUGCUGCAGUUGCCUGACGAACUAAUGCAAUUCUUCUGUUUGUAUCUCAUGCGACAUGUGGAGGCAUCCGAAGAGGGAUCUUCCUCCUGCUCGUCCACACCUGAUGAUCCGUCCGCCGUACUGUUGCUGCGUCGCCUGAUGGACUUCGAAUCGCCGUACAUUUCGCGCAUGCAUGCGCAGCCCUGUCAAUUGCUCUUGCGCACGUGCUACUGGAAUUCGCGCUGGGAUGCCAAGCUGCUGGGCAACAGUGUUGCCCUCAACCUACUCUACAAUCAGACGCUUGCGGAUGUGGCUCGCGAAUGGAUCAUAUGUACGCCUGAAAUGCGGCGGGAGCUGUGUAGUUUGCAGCUGCAGUCGCGGCCCUUGCAAUAUCUGGAACUAGUGCGCCAGCUGCCCUCCUAUGGCUGUCUGCAGUUCGGCGCCGCACAAGUGGACUAUCCGGAGCUGGACACCACAGCGCUGGUGACCAUUGGCAAUCGGGAGCUGAGCCUGCGCACAGCACGCGGUGCCAAGAUCUAUGAGACCAAAUUCCGGGUCACACGGAUGCGAUGCUGGCGAGUGAGUGCGAUGCAUAAUACGUACGAGUCGCGGGAUCAGCCCACGCAACUUCAGUUAUCCUUUGAGUAUCUGAUGUCGAAGCAAACACUGCGCUGGAUAACGAUCACCAGCCAGCAAGCGAUGCUCAUGUCGGUGUCCCUGCAGGCGAUGGUCGAUGAGCUCUUGCAUAGCGACAGCAAUGGCGGCGGCGGCGGCAGCGAUGAUGAGCAGGAGGCGAGCACCUCGCGCGGCGCAUCGGAAUCGACCACAUCGACGCCCAGUUCCGUUUCUUCGUCCUGCACCACGACAUCAGGUACAUCAACCACGAUGACGCCGCCGGUUAAGUUUCUAGCUCAACGCUCCAAGCAGCAACACAAGUUGACAACGGCUCGCACCUUUGCAGCGGUUUUCUUUCGCAAUGACGACACGGCUGCGUCCGUACGCAACGAAGCAUUCGAGGGCAUUGGCGAUGAUGAUCUGUAAUCUCUACGUAUGUUAACUUCCGUGCUGAACUGGAAAACAAUCGAAUAGCAGUGCACUCUUUAUGUAAGAUGUUGUCACAUUAAUUUCCAAAAUGAAUUCCAAUAUCCUUGAUAUACUCUCAUUGU